AAUGGUUAUCAAGAUCGAGUAAGGGAUUUAAAGAAUAAUAAUAAUAAAGAAAGGAAAAAAUAUUACAACAAGCGCAGUGAACAUAUCAAACUAUAUCAUCCUAACUUUUGGCGCACUAUCUUUUUGAGCCAUAGCGGCAUUGCAGAUCAUAUGACGCAUCAAGAUGUUCAGAUUAUGAAGCAUUUAACUUCUCUUGAAGUUGAUGAAGAGGAUUUAGACUAUUCAUUCACUUUUAAUUUUUCCACAAAUCCUUAUUUUGAGGAUAAGACUAUUAAAAAGUCCUAUAAAGUGAAACAUGGAGAAAUGGAGUGGGAAUCAACAAAAAUAAAUUGGAAAGCAGACAAGGUAAUGCUUCAAGAAGUUAGCCAUAGAAAGAAAGGAAACACGAGGAAGACCGAUGCUAGUGUUUACAGCUUUUUUAAUUGGUUCGACACAAGUGGACCGAAACAUUAUGAUUUUGAUGGGGUUAAGAUGAUAAUUAAGGAUUACAUAUGGCCGAAUCCUUUGAAAUUUUUUAACGGUGGGGAACCUUUUAAACAAGCUGAAGUUUGGAAUUUGCAAUACAGUGACGAUGAUGAUGAGGAUAAUAAAGCUUUUCAGCGGAUGUACGAUGAGGAUGUCAAAGCUUCUGAACCGGAGGAAAACGACCAUACAGAUGAGGAUGAUAAAGCUUCUGACAUGGAGGACAGUGAGGAGGACAGUGAUGAUGACAAAGCUUCUGACAUGGUGGAUAUGAAAAUUUUGUAUGGAAUCCAAGAGCAUCUCAAAGAGAUUGAUGAUAUGGAGACUUGUUCUAUAGAAGAGGAGAAAAAGAUUCUCUCUAGGGAUAUGCAAAAUUUGUAUUUUGAGCGAAAUCAUCAUAUAGCAUUGAUUCCUAACUUUUGGUUAACAGUGUUUCAGAAACAUCCUAGCUUUGCGGAUCUUAUAAAUGAUGAAGAUACAAAGAUCUUAGAGCAUUUGACUAGUAUUGAAGUUGGAGAUCCGCAUGAUCUCAACAGAGAAUAUGUCAUCGUCUUUACCUUUAAAAGCAAUCCAUACUUGAAGACAACCGAGCUUAGAAAGCGGCUUACCAGUGCAGGAAGUACGAUUGCUACCUACCAGAUAGAUUGGCAUGCGGGGUCCGGUUCUAAUGUUAGAUUUUUUAACUGGUUCCAAGAUCCAAAUACUAUAGAUAAUGCUGCUACUAAUCAGGUCGCGCGUAUUAUCAAAUACGUCUUAUGGCCUGAUCCAUUAAAGUACUAUUGCCAAUAAUACUUUGAGGUAGCUUUUUUGUUUUGAUAGUCAAGGUAGUUUUUUGGGUUUUAUUUGGGAUUAAUCUAUUAAGAAUUCUGACAUUAUAUCAAAACCUAUCUUUAGAUUUGAUAUAUAUCCAAUUGCAUGUCUAGUCCUAUAAACUAAACCUAUCUUUAGUUUUUUGUGUUUCUUUUCAUUCCUUCUCACUCGGCUAUUAGUGCAAAUGUAGUGAUGGAUUAA